CAUCCGUCCAUCCGUCCAUACCCGCUCCUCGCAGGGACCCCGGGGCCACCGCCCAGCGGCCCUGAUUCCCACUGGAUUCGCCCCCGCUCUCCGAAUGAGAGAAAGACCAACCCCAAACAAAGACCGGCAGCCGGCGGCGGCGGGAGAAGGAGCCCUGGCAUUGGAGGGGCCGGGGGUAGGCGCUCGGGAGGCGGGGCGCGGCCGCAGGAAGUGCCGAUCUCGAUCUCGGGGCUGAGCGCGGCUGCGGUGCUGACCCGCCAGCCCUGCAGCCCCCAGCCGGCCCGGCCCUGGCGGUCCUCGCUGCGGAGCCCGCAGCCGCACUUCGUACCGUCUGACCCUCUCUUGCCAGCAUCCGACCACACGGAGAGCUUUGCUGAGGAGUGGCCCCGCCUGGGUUCUGUUACCUGCCGGCUCAUCUCACCUGGAACUUGGGCCGGCAGCCAUGGCCCAUUACAAGGUGGAGCAGGACGACUGGCUGACCGUCUACCUGAAGUAUUUGCUCUUCGUCUUUAACUUCUUCUUCUGGGUGGGGGGCGCCGCGGUCAUGGCCGUGGGCGUCUGGACCCUGGUGGAGAAGAGCGGCUACCUCAGUGUCCUGGCCUCCAGCACCUUCGCCGCCUCCGCCUACAUCCUCAUUUUCGCGGGCACCCUCGUCAUGGUGACCGGCUUCCUGGGCUUCGGCGCCAUCAUCCGCGAGGACAGGGGCUGCCUCUCUGUGUAUUUCUGCCUGUUGCUGGUGAUCUUCCUCGUUGAGCUGGUAGCGGGCGUCCUGGCCCACGUGUACUACCAGAGGCUGAGCGACGAGCUGAAGCAACACUUAACCCAGACCCUGGCCGAGAACUACAGGCAGCCUGGCGCUGCGGAAAUCACAGCAUCUGUGGACCGUCUACAGCAGGAUUUCAAAUGCUGCGGGAGCAACAGCUCAGCCGACUGGCUUCAGAGCAGCUACAUCCUGUCUCCGGAGGCCGAGGGCCGCCGGGUGCCAGACAGCUGCUGCAAGACGGUGGUGGCACGCUGCGGCCAGCGGGCACACCCCUCCAACAUCUAUAAGGUGGAGGGAGGGUGCAUCAGCAAGCUGGAGCAGUUCCUGGCUGACCACCUGCUGCUCAUGGGGGCCGUGGGCAUCGGGGUGGCCUGCCUGCAGAUCUGUGGCAUGAUACUCACCUGCAGCUUGCACCGGAGGCUCCAACUGCAUUUUUACUAAUGGCCGACUGCAUCCUGCUCCGACUGCCCCUCACAAGUUCAGGGGCCCAAAGCCCACGGGCCAGGCCUGCGGGGUCAGCACCAGCUGGCCUGGAAGCUCCCAGCAACUCCCCCUUCUCUGCGCCCAGCCCCUCCGGACCCACCCAGUGCCUGCGACCAUGGCCCCUGCGGCCCCCACCUGGCCAGGGACCCUAGGCCCCCGCCCUCCACUUCUGCCUGCUCACCACCGGAAUCCCGGGGCAAGAGAGCACAGCCCAAGCCUCACCAGGCCUAGGCUCCUAUGGACCCCGGGGGGCUGUGGUGAAAUCUGCUUUCCUCCCCACUCCUGAACCCUGAAUGGGGGCUGGCGACUUUGCCCCCAUUGGGACACCUGCACAUGAGCCUGUGAUCCCCCAAUGGGUGCUGAGCACCCCUCUCCCGGCCCUGCUGGAUAUGCUCGCUGAGAAAUGCAUCGAAUAGGCAGUUACAGUUGGCUCUGCCCCAAGAAGACCCCAGCCUUUGCCCUCCCCUCUUCCACUCCCUUCCCACCUGCACCAUCUCACCUGGAGAGAAGUCUCCCAUGGCCUGGUUCCUUCCUGCAGGGCAGGGUUGGGCAGUGGCGGGGUGGGGGGCAGGGGGUGAAGCCACCAGGGUGGGGAGCAGGUGCCUGCCUCCAGGCCCUCCCCAGGAGGGUCCCCUGGGAGCCCAUGACCCCAAGCCCCCAUCUCCAGCCAUAUGCCCUGAGGGGGUUUCCUCUCUGGCCUGAUGCUCAAAGAAAGCCAGGUUUUUAAAGCUAUCAUCUGCCCUUCAUGUUGGUGGGAGUAAACUCCUUCCUGAUGAAACCAAACCAGAGACCCUGUGAAGCUGGAACCACCGAGAAGGUGCAGCUCUGAGCCGAGGGGUGCUCUGCCCCAAAACUCCUUUUCCUGAGCUGGUGCUCCUGGCCCCCCCGGCCCCCAGCACUUGGCCUGCAGGGGCCCUGCUCUGCUUCCCAGAAUGGACAUGGUCCUUUCAUUAGGUUUUCUCUUGCAUCUCUGAAGCAGGGAGUUUUCAGAAAAGACUUUCCAAAAUGUGGACGGAGAACAGAAAGGAAAUCCCAGGAAACAGAGCACAGAUGCUGGCAGUUUUCCAGAGAACACGAAUCAACUCAUAAGAUCCCCCAGAGGGUCCCACGUGGGCAGAGACCCCCACGCCAGCUCCCGGGUCGCAGGUCCUGGAUCCCGCACUUCCUACUUCCCACCCUCAUGAUGCCGAGGUCAAGUUCAGAAGGGGCACACCUGGCCUCUGCUGUCUCUUGCUGACCUGGGCCCAUCCCAGGCGAAGGUGUUUUCUUUCCCCUUCGUGGGUCAGCGCUGUCCCCAUCACAGCCCCCACCGUACCCAAACCGCACACUCCCAGAGAGGGGCGACCCACACACACAGAGGGCAGACCAGCCUCCUGCAACCGGUUGCCUCCUGCCCUGGGAUUCUCUGGGUUGUCGGGAAGGGCCCUGGGGUCACUGAUGCUGGUUCACUCAAAGGGAGACCAGCUUUCUAGCAACCCCAGAUUCCCAAGGCCCCCCAAAAAUUGGUGCUGUGAUUAUCUUUGCUGCAUCCAACUUCCUGGAUUUGUGCAGAUAACCAAAAAUGACCAUUAAGUCCCAAGUUAUCUGCAGGGCUAGAUGUCAGCUGAUGUCUUACAAAGUGAGGGCUGAAAGGGAGAUCACGUUCUUCCCUCUGAGGGGCCCGAGGGAGGCGGCAGUGGGCUGGGCAGUGCUGGCCAGCUGCACAUAUGCACCUGCUGGGGUCCCUGCUGGCUUUAUCAAGGUCAGCAGGGCUCGCGGAGGGGUGACGGGCAGGUGUCACCUGCACAAUCUUGUCCUGACGGAAGCCCAGAAGAGCCUGACUCUUCUGCCCCUACCCCCAUGGGCGGAGGUGGCCUGGCUGGGGCAGGAGAACUGUGAUUCUGCCCUGGGCACGGUCCCACCCAGAGGGUGGAGGUCCACGUUGCAGAGAGAGAGGGAGAAAACGGCCCCAUGCUUUCUGAAACUGUGACCUCCCUGCUGGUGCCAGCAGCCCAGGAGAUGAGACAAUGUGAGAGGAAACGAGGCCCAGGAAACAGCAGUUUCUCAUGGAGCAUGCAAAGGGUUAGGAUGGGGAGGCUGGCCCACCCUUCCUGCAAGGACGCCGGUCUGUGCCCAGGACAGCCGCUCCCAGGUCCCUGCUGGGAGGUGUCCCAAUCCCGAGCUCCUUGGAGAGGGAGUAGGACAUGAUGUUUAAAGGUCAUCCGUCAGUGACCAGGGGCUGGCCAGAAAGCCAGGCUUGUGCAGAGGUCUGGACACAGCAGGCACGGGAGUCCACGCAGCCCUGGUCCUCACCCUGGACCAGGCUGCCCCACCUCCCUGGGCUCCCAGCGCUGCACCCAGGAGGGGCGGAAUGCUACACCCCGGGGACCUUCACGCCCACAGCCAGUUUCCGGCUUGGACUCUGCCUCCUGGUUCAUCUUGGGGGGUUGGGGUAGAGGAAGUGAACUGAACCCAUUACUACCAUCACCGCCCAUCCCCCUGUCAGCCUUGAAAAGGUUCUCCGCCUGGUUUGCCACUUGAAGCCUGGACAGAAGGGGACGGGGGUUUCCACGGGCUAAGGAGGACACCUGUCUUUGUAUCACCCCUGGGUGGUGCCCGUGCCCCCGGGGGACGCCGGUGAUGGAGUUGUCUAAGCCGGGUUCUCAGGAUUGGUCAGGAUCAGCCUGAGAGCUUCUGAACCAUUGCUGGGUCUCCCUGGGCUUCUCCUCAGUAGCGUCUGCAUCCUAACAAGCUACCGGGUAACAAGUGAUGCUACUGGCCCCGGGCCACACCUUGACAGCAACUGCCCUAGAACACGCCACGAGACAGGCCUCUGCCACCUCCCGUGUGUGUCAGAGCCCCCGGGGUUCAGAAGCCCCCCGGGUGCCAGGCCAAACCCCACUGGAUUCACCGGAGCAUGGGAUAAAGCAUCUGACCCGCUGUGUACCUGCCCGUCCGUGACCUUGGCAGGAAGACCAGGGGCCUGGGUCCUCUCCCUGGAAGGGACAAGUGAUGUCCCAGCCCCGUUUUCCCACCACCUCUGUGUGCCUUGGGAGGGCCCACUCCAUCCUCGCCCCCCAUCUUCUGUUUCCACACGCCCAGCCCUGUGCUCUGUUCACAGUCUCCCCUGUGGGCGUCCUCCCCGCCCUGCUCCUGCACCAGACACAGCCCUGCAGGUGCCGCUCAGAGUCCCAGCAGCCCAGUGUCAGGAGGGCUCCUGGAUCCAGCUGCCCUUGGAUAUGGGUCAUCACGAUGUUCUGGAAACAGAAAAGUUGCCAUAAACGUCUGCACAUAGAGGAAUUGCCUCAGCGUAAACACGCCCCUCCUUAGCCUCCGCCUCUGUCCUGGGGGCACGCCAAUAAAGGAAUGGUAUCCAGGG